AUGCUGCGGCAGGUUCUGCACAGGGGCUUGAGGACGUGUUUUUCCCGGCUUGGCCACUUCAUUGCCAGUCACCCGGUCUUCUUCGCUUCGGCGCCGGUGCUCAUCUCCAUCCUGCUCGGCGCCAGCUUCAGCCGCUACCAGGUCGAAGAGAGCGUGGAGCACCUGCUGGCGCCCCAGCACAGCCUAGCCAAGAUCGAGCGCAACCUAGUCAACAGCCUCUUCCCGGUCAACCGCUCCAAGCACCGGCUCUACUCGGACCUGCAGACCCCUGGGCGCUACGGCCGGGUCAUCGUCACCUCCUUCCAAAAGGCUAACAUGCUGGACCAGCAUCACACGGACCUGAUCUUAAAGUUGCAUACUGCUGUAACCAAGAUUCAGGUUCCAAGGCCUGGCUUUAACUAUACAUUUGCCCACAUAUGUGUCCUGAAUAAUGAUAAGACUUGCAUUGUGGAUGACAUAAUACAUGUCCUGGAAGAGUUGAAGAAUGCUCGGGCCACCAACCGGACCAACUUUGCUAUUACAUAUCCCAUCACUCACUUAAAGGAUGGAAGGGCUGUCUAUAAUGGGCACCAACUUGGAGGUGUCACUGUCCACAGCAAGGAUCGGGUGAAAUCUGCAGAGGCCAUUCAGCUCACUUACUAUCUGCAGUCAAUCAACAGUCUCAAUGACAUGGUAGCUGAGAGGUGGGAAUCCAGCUUCUGCGACACUGUCAAACUAUUCCAGAAAUCCAACGACCAAGUCAAAAUAUACCCAUACAUAUCCUCAUCACUGAGGGAAGAUUUCCAGAAGACCAGCCGUGUAUCAGAACGUUACCUGGUCACCAGCCUGAUCCUGGUAGUCACCAUGGCCAUCCUCUGCUGCUCGAUGCAGGACUGUGUCCGCAGCAAACCCUGGUUAGGCCUACUUGGAUUGGUGAGCAUAAGCCUAGCCACUCUCACUGCAGCUGGAAUCAUCAAUCUUACUGGUGGAAAAUACAAUUCCACCUUCCUGGGACUCCCUUUCGUCAUGCUAGGUCAUGGAUUAUAUGGGACUUUUGAAAUGUUAUCCUCGUGGAGGAAAACUAGAGAGGACCAACAUGUUAAAGAGCGAACUGCAGAAGUCUAUGCAGACUCCAUGCUCUCCUUCUCUCUCACCACUGCCGUGUACUUGGUCACCUUUGGCAUAGGGGCCAGCCCUUUCACGAACAUCGAGGCAGCCAGGAUUUUCUGCUGCAAUUCCUGUAUUGCAAUCCUCUUCAACUACCUCUAUGUACUCUCAUUUUAUGGUUCCAGCCUUGUGUUCACUGGCUACAUAGAAAACAAUUACCAGCAUAGUAUAUGCUGUAGAAAAGUUCCAAAGCCUGAUGUGUUGCAGGAGAAGCCAGCAUGGUAUAGGUUUCUUCUGACAGCUAGAUUCAGUGAGGAAACAGCUGAAGGCGAGGAAGCAAACACUUACGAGAGUCACUUAUUGGUAUGUUUCCUCAAGCGCUAUUACUGUGACUGGAUAACCAACACCUAUGUCAAGCCUUUUGUAGUCCUCUUUUACCUUAUUUAUAUUUCCUUUGCCUUAAUGGGCUACCUGCAGGUCAGUGAAGGGUCAGACCUAAGUAACAUCGUCGCAACUGCAACACAAACCAUUGACUACACUACUGCCCAGAAAAAGUACUUUAGCAACUACAGUCCUGUUAUCGGAUUUUACAUAUAUGAGUCCAUAGAAUAUUGGAACUCUAGUGUCCAGGAAGAUGUUCUAGAGUUCACUAAGGGGUUUGUGCGGCUAUCCUGGUUUGAAAGCUACUUAAAUUAUCUUCGGAAACUCAAUAUAUCCACUGACUUGCCUAAGAAAAAUUUCACAGACAUGUUGAGGAAUUCCUUCCUGAAAUCUCCUCAAUAUUCACAUUUUCAAGAGGACAUCAUCUUCUCAAAAAAGUACAAUGAUGAGGUUGAUAUAGUGGCCUCUAGAAUGUAUUUGGUGGCCAAGACCAUGGAAACAAACAAAGAAGAACUCUAUGAUCUCUUGGAGACCUUGAGGAGACUUUCAGUCACCUCCAAGGUGAAGUUCAUUGUCUUUAAUCCGUCUUUUGUGUUCAUAGAUCGAUAUGCCUCCUAUCUCGGAGCCCCCCUGCACAACUCCUGCAUCAGUGUUUUGUUCCUGCUCUUCUUCUCGGCAUUCCUGGUGGCAAAUUCGCUGAUCAAUGUCUGGAUCACUCUAACUGUUGUGUCUGUGGAGUUUGGAGUGAUAGGCUUCAUGACCUUGUGGAAAGUAGAACUGGACUGCAUUUCUGUGCUCUGCUUAAUCUAUGGAAUUAACUACACAAUUGACAACUGUGCUCCACUGUUAUCCACAUUUGUUCUGGGCAAGGAUUUGACAAGAACUAAAUGGGUAAAAAAUGCCCUGGAAGUGCAUGGGGUAGCUAUUUUACAGAGUUACCUCUGUUAUAUUGUUGGUCUAUUUCCUCUCGCAGCUGUGCCUUCAAAUCUGACCUGUACACUGUUCAGGUGCUUGUUUUUAAUAGCCUUCGUCACCUUCUUUCACUGCUUUGCCAUUUUACCUGUGAUACUGACUUUCCUGCCGCCCUCUAAGAAAAAAAAAAAAGAGAAGAAAAAUCCUGAAAACCGGGAGGAAAUUGAGUGUGUCGAAAUGGUGGAUAUUGAUAGUACCCGAGUGGUUGACCAGAUUACCACAGUGUGA